UAAGAAAAAAGAGGUUAACCGUCUUACGAGUGACAGCUCUUCCUAAUUUUCUCUCCAAAUUUCGCUAAUUUUGAGUAAAUUUUUGUACUAACAAUCAGAAAACUCUACUAACUCAGUGUUGUGUUUGUGGAAACUGUUGGAACUAAUUAUCCACGAGAUCGAACGACAAGAUAUUCAAGGUCUGGAUGAUAUUCGAGCAAUAAUUUUAUCUGCAGCUGAUCGUUCAAUUCCUGUAAAAAAACACCCUGAAAAACUCUCCAGCUAUAGGGUUCCCUGGUGGGACGACGAGCUAACCACUCACGUAAAAAACAGGUCAGAGGCCUAUAAAAAAUACCGCCUCAAUCCCACAUUAGAGAAUUACUUGAAUGCAAAACAUAAACAAGCUACAACCAAACGAAAAAUCAGAGAAAAGAAGAAAACAUCCUUCAGAGAGUUCUGUGAGAGUCUGUCAGUAAAAGAUAGUAAAAAUCUUUGGAGAAAUAUCAGAAGAUUUCGCUCUGGAGUCUCCCCAAGCCCGUCAAGACGAGCCUCUCCUUCUUGUGGUAGAGAAAUCCUCUCUAGACUCUGUCCAUCUCCUCAGCUUGAUUUGAACGAAGAAGAUAGAACCCCUCUUAGGAACAUUGAUCCUCCGCCAGGCUUGGCUCAGGGUUCCCCCGACAGCUGCCCUCUGUUUAACCUCUUUGUUAAAGGUCUUUCUUCCUUUCUGAUCAUCCCAGGAGUUGAAGUACUUCAAUACGCAGAUGACACUACUGUGAAAGCUUCGGGAAAAACAUUCAAAGAAGCCUUUGAGAAUAUGUCCCGGGCAUUAGCCCAGGUUGAGGAAUGGACACGAAGUAGAGGCCUAACCAUUUCGGCAGAGAAAUCUCAAGCAAUGUGCUUCCACAAGAGAAAAAUCUUGGUCAAUCUCCCUACUCUUUAUAUAUUCGAUAAUGCCAUCCCCUGGAAAACCUCCACCAAAUAUCUUGGAGUUACUUUACAGGUCAACAUGAAUUGGUCCCUCCAUAUUGAAAACAUGUGCUCGAGAGCUACUAGGAACAUCAAUGUCAUGAAGUCGUUGUGUCGGACAUGGUGGGGGUCUCACCCUCAAACCAUGUUAACAAUUUAUAAUGCAAUCGUCCUUCCCUUUCUUGACUAUGGAUCUGUCUUUCUUGGCAGAUGCUCCAAGUCUGUUCUCUCUCGACUUGAUAGGGUCCAAUAUUCGGCUAUCAGAGUAGCACUAGGCUACAUGAAGUCCACGCCUAUAAAUGUCCUCCUCGCAGAGAGUGGUCAACUUCCCCUGUCCUACCGUCGCCUCUGGUUGGCGAUCAAGUUUUUGUCAAAGCUAGCUAAGAUUUCUCCAAAUCCCCUUCUCCAAAGGCUGUCACAACUUUUUUCUUGGCGUCAUGCAUGGGGUAGUAGACCUAUGCCACCUAUAUUAGAAGCUCUCAAUAUGCUCCCAGAGACUGGCUCCUUCUAUUCCUCUCCCCUCCUUCCUUGUUUCCAGGUUCCCUUGUGUGUCCACUAUCUUGACGUUCCCUAUUAUUCUUUGAACCUUCGUAAAUUGGACUUAGACAAUUCAGGUUUGUUCGAUGAGAGAUGCAGGGAUAAAUUCCCCGAUUUCUCUUUGCUAUUCACUGAUGCCUCAAAAUCGCGAGACCAGGUUGGUAUUGGUAUAUAUAGCCCUGGAAAUAUUUCUUUCAGUGGGAGAGUCCCCUCAAGCUUUUCCAUUUCAUCUGCUGAACUCCUCGCGAUUGAUAAAGCCCUAUCCAUUAUUGAGGGAAUGACUGAUGAUGUCCUCAUCAUUUCUGACUCCAAGUCCGCUCUUGAAAAACUGAAAGGUUGGUUCCCCCAUUCCAGUAACGAUCACAUAACUCUGUCAAUUCGAAAUAAAAUUUACCGCAUCACCCAAACUAAUCGACAAAUUAAAUUUGUGUGGGUUCCCAGCCACACAAACAUCACUGGUAAUGACCAAGCAGAUCGUCUUGCUAAAGAGGGCAGUAAAAUGUCCCAUACCCUUACUAUUAAGGGCGAUAUAAAAGAACAUUGGCCCUCAUUCAAACGCAAUAUAUGGGAAAGAUGGAAGACGGAAUGGAAGCAAACAUCUCUUCAUAGAGGUCACCUUUAUUCGACCAUGAUUAACGUUGACCAUUUUAGUAGAAAACCCUGGUUCCACUCAUUUGCUGAUCUCCCUAGAGGUAAUAUCACAACAAUGAACAGACUCAGAGCAAAUCACUGCUGUUCUCCGGCUCAUUUGGCUAAAAUACAAGUUAGGGAUGAUGACCUUUGCGAAUGCGGAGAGAGAGAGGGGACUUACAGCACAUUUUCUUUUCGUGCUCUCUAAAUGAUGUCAAGUGCAGAAAUUUAUAUGAUGACCUCUGUAAGAUAUACGCUGAUCACAACUUCCCACUUAAUAUUCAAGAUUUGAUAUUCUCUGAGAAUGUACUGAUAUAUAGGUCACUUUAUGGUUUUUUAAAUUCAUGUGGGCUUAAACUGUAAUGUUUUUUUUACAAAAUACUAAUAAUCCCUUCAUCC